AUGGUUUUAUCAACAUCACAACAAGCAGCUCUAGCAUUCACGGCGGUGCUCUUUACAUUUGUCCUCCUGCCGAGGUUAUUUGGAGUAGGCGGUGGCACAGCGAAGGAAACUAAAUAUGACCCUCGCUUCAACAGAAAAGGUCCAGGUCCGGGCGCCACCAGGGGCCAGCCCAUCAGUUUGAACUCCCCAGGCUCACAUCAGAGCUCUGACAACAUCCAACAGAUGAAGAAACGCAUGGAGCAGGAGAUGAAGAGCGACAAAUACAAGUCCAACAAAGGCUACGUGUUCACGCUAAUGCCCCUCUAUGCCAUCGGAGUGGGAGUGUUUGCAGCUUACAAGUUCCUGAAGAUCAAGUCAUCAGAUAAUAAGGCACAAAAGGAUAAAUUUGUUAAAGGGGCCAAAAAGUCAGCAGAGGCAGAGAACCAAUUAAAUGAGUUGGAACAAAGGCUGGCACAGACAGAAAGGAUGUUGAACUCUAUCCUCACCCAGCUGGACCCGCUCACAAACUGUGUGAAAUCAGUCGCCCAGGAUCAGAAGAAUGAGAUCAUGUCACAGCUUCAGACCAUCCGCUACCUGAUGAAGAAGAGGGGAAUGGAUUGUCCGCCCAUCAACGGCAGUGAUGUUUCACAAGGUCGAAACCUGGAUCAGCUGAUUGAAUCCAUUGGAGCCAGUCAGACCUCAACAGCUACAGACACAGACAGUGUAGAAGCUCCUGAGGUUUACGGGCCGCCUUCUGAUGACAAAGACAAGGCUGCAGCAAAGGGGGAGGAGAUGAUGGAGCUCCAGCCAGAAGAAUCUGUGAGCGAAGAAGAAGAUUUAGAAGCAGAGGCGAUGGAUGAUAAAGCAGAAGACGACAUGGAAUGCUUGAAGCCGCCUGAGCUUGAGUCUGCUUCGUUGUCUAAGACAAACAUUGAGGAAAUCCGUGCAGAACCCGCAGCAGGACUCAGACGGCGCAACAGGCCUGAAUGAACUCUGAGAGGAGAUUAGAGAUGUGACGGUUUACUUGGAAUAAUUCUCAUCAGAAAGGCUUCCAUGACUCAUCCAGGCUUUAUGUAGUUCUGUCUGCAUGUUUAGGUGGAGGACACCAAGCAAAGAUGCAUUGAAGUUUUUAGAGCUUACAGGUUUAUAACGAUACAUUAGAAUAUCAUCAAAGAUACCUAUAUUUUAGUAAUUUCUAAAAAA